UCAUCGCUCCGUUAAUGGAAAGUAACUCCGGCUGUUUUCUGCGGUGCAGAUCUGUUCAGUAAGGCCUGGCUUGAGGAAGGGGGGGAAAAAAACACGAGUGGAUUUUGUGUCGGCCGAAAACCCAGGAAGGAAGAGGAGAGAGACAGGCUCCGCCGAGAGAGACGGAAAUGAGAGGGGGGUGUCCAAAGAGGAAACCCUAUCCCUUUAAGAGCAAGUGGGACAUAGCGGUGCGAGAAAAGGAGAGGAGGGGGAGAAGAAAGAGGAAUUAAAAAAGAAAAGGAAGAAAGAGACAGGGAGGGAGGAGGGAGAGCGGGCGAUAAAAAAAGAAAGAUGACAUCCUCGCAGCUGAACGGCCGAGGUGGAGCGAUAGGCUGCGGCCCGGCGAGAGCGCCGCUCGCCGGGGUCAGGGCUUGAAUCCAACAGCGAGGCUUCGACAAACACCCGAUUGGCCUAUUUGGGAGAAAUCGGAAAAAAAUAGAUUCAUAAAUUAAAAACAAAGCAUGACCUGCUGUGCUGCCAGAUACGUGUUUUAUAACCCAUAGUUGUUCUUUUGCGUAAAAAUGCAUUUAUUUCACGCAGGUUCGUUUAUUGUUUAUUGCUAAAGUGUAAUUCUGUGAGAUGCGGGUUUUGGGGUUUUUUUUUUUUUUUUUGCUUUUUGGAAGUAGUUUUGGCUCCGUAAUCCUGCGUUUCAGUGAGAUUGGUGUUUAAUGAAUUAAAGUUAGAAACCAAAGUCAAAGAGAAACGGGCCGUUAUUGGCCUGGCCUGCUCCACCACUGCCUGUGUACUGCAGCCUGCAUUAGUCAACAGCUGCGUGCAUUUUAAUUGUCAGCACUAGGCUACCUCAAUGAGAAAAACAUAUUUUUGCAGACGACUUUAUUCGCGUUUUUCGAGAGAAUCCAGGAGACCCGUCGUUUCUGCUGCCGGAUAGGCGACUGUUUGCGCCCCGAUCAGCGGUGGGCCGAUCAAAACGAUGCAAAGACUGCUCUCCUCGAUCUCAAUCAAGAGCUGACUUUCUAAUCUCCAUCGCUGUGGCGCAAAAUGGAUGCUGCUUGGAGCAAUUUUCUCUUCCAGAGUACUCCCACCCAAAACCAAGUGGAGGGGAGUCUCCAAUCAGAGCUCUUGCCAGUUCAUACGAGUUCUCCCCAGACCCCACCCACAGAGCACAUAGCACAGCCUCCUUCAACUGUGGACACUACUGCUCUCAGUGAGGAACCUCUGCCUGUGAAACCCGUGUCUCGGCCGGCCCGCGUGCAACACAUCUGUGCCAUCUGCAACAAGCAGUUCAAGAACAACUACAACCUGCGGCGGCACCAGUCAGUCCACACUGGGCGGCCCACAAACCCCAACCCAAACCCCGUGAGGAAGAACCACGCCUGCGAGACGUGUGGGAAGGCCUUCAGAGACGUUUACCAUCUCAACCGCCACCGCCUGUCCCACUCAGACGAGAAGCCGUUCUCCUGCCCCAUCUGCCAGCAGCGCUUCAAGAGGAAGGACCGCAUGAGCCACCACGUGCGUUCCCACCAGGGCGGUGUGGAGAAACCCUACAUCUGCCCCCACUGUGGAAAGGCUUUCUCCAGGCCCGACCACCUCAAUAGUCAUGUGAGACAGGUGCACUCCUCGGAGCGACCCUUCAAAUGUCCCACUUGUGAGUCCAGUUUUGCUACAAAGGAUCGUUUGCGUGCGCAUAUGAUUCGCCACGAAGAGAAGGUGCCCUGCCACAUCUGUGGGAAGCUCCUGUCAGCUGCUUACAUCACAGAUCACAUGAGGGUACACAACCAGUCACAGCACCACUCAUGCCAUCUCUGUAACCGCAGUUUUACCACCCUGACGUACCUUCGUGUUCAUGCUCAGAAGCACCACGGCCAGGAGGGGAAGGACAGUCCGGGGGGCUUUGGCGGUACCGCCUCUGGCGGCAUGCUCGUCUGCCACUUGUGUGGUGUCCACUGCAAGACACCCACCCAGCUCCAGGGGCACAUGGGCACCCACACCAACAACCAGGGCACCCAGAACCCUGUCACCUCAAAUGUGGCUGCCAGCAGCUCCGUCUCCCUUAGCAACAUGGUGACAGCACCCACCGUCUAUGUCACCGGUAACACGGUGGUGGACCUGCUCGUCACAGACUGCUCUAGCAUUGCAGCACCACAACCCCAAAGUUAGCAGUAGAGAGCUCAUCAGCAAUAACCCCUGUCCUUUAGCAGAGGGCAAGGUUAGAGAAGGUUGAAUUUACUCGUAGAUGCUGAUUCCGUUUUAGUUUUGUCACGUCCCCACUUAUGGGUGAGGUUAGGAUUAAGAGUGAGAGGGAGAUUAACUCCAGUCAGUGCUCAAGGGCAGUUUAACCUCAGAGCUGCAGAGCUGAGGUACCAGAGAAAAGGAGGAAAUAGAGGAGUUGGGUGGCAGGAGGGGGCUGGAACAAAAGGACAUUUGUAGCUGCGGCAGGUUCAAUGACACUAACGACAAACAUGGAUGUGUUGCCCAAAUAUUUCUGAGUGCUCUUGUACGUUUUAAAACUCCAAUGAAACUGUGGUAUUGUGAGCAUCUACUGUAUCACUCUCCUCUCUCUUUCCCCUCUCUCCCUCUCUCUCUGUCCCUUCCUUCGACCCUGGCAUUGGCUGCUGUCUGCAAGUGCACCAAGUACUGUAUGUAUAUCUCACACCAGCUCUGAUCUUACCUCCAUUUUGCAGCUCACUUACUAAGAAUCCAAAUGGCUUGCGUUUAAAAAGUAGCAGGGAGAGAACAGCUCCCAGAAAAUAAAGCGAAGAAUCGAUUUAGGAGGGAAGGCCGUGUGGUUGGGUGCGCAGAAAUCUUGGCUCGACUCGCAUGUUGGCUUGUUUGUUUGUUUUUUCCACAGAAUUAACAUUUGAUUUGAAACAGUAACGAUCGUCUGUUUAAGCCUCUUUGAUUUGGAUGUUUAUAGAGCAGGACAGAAGACGGUAUGCAUUUGUGGGAUGUACUUUGUUCAUUUGUCUCCUAAGCGGUACAGAGAUGAGAAGAGAGUUGCAUUCAGGACCGUCAAGCACCUUAAAUUGUUUUUGCUGGAUUCAGGAAGGAUCGAAGUGGGUUUGAGAUUUCUUAGAUUUUUUUUUUUCUCGCUCUGAGUCUUCCUCUCUGGGUCUGGCCGUUGAGAAAAAGGAAAAAAAAAAAA